AGUUCAGGCGCGUCUCGAGCUGUGUUUUCUGUUUAAUUUCAGGUGCGGUUCGAAUUUUGUUUAGGUUCAAAUCUGACUCGAAGCAGAAACUGUAAUCACAAAUAUCCGCUUGGAUAAACAUAUCACUGAGGAUCUUGAUCAUAUUCAUCACUGCACCGGAGUCCAUUUAGUCAGCGCAACUUGUGUCGAGAUGAGUGUGGAGGCGUACGGGCCGAGUUCUCAAACGCUCACCUUCCUGGACACGGAGGAAGCGGAGCUACUUGGGGCUGAUACCCAGGGCUCGGAGUACGAGUUUACCGAUUUUACCCUCCCCAGCCAGACGCAAACUCAAGGCCAAACCCAGAGUCAGCUGGACAAUCAGGUGAAUGGUCCUGAUGAAGGGCUUCACAAUGGAGGAGUCGAUGAUGUGGCCAAGGCGAGCCAACUCCUUGCUGAGUUGAACUUCGAGGAAGAUGAAGAAGACACCUAUUACAUCAAAGACCUCCCACUGCAUGCCUGCAGUUACUGUGGCAUCCAUGAUCCUGCAUCUGUGGUGUACUGCAACACAAGCAAGAAGUGGUUCUGCAAUGGACGUGGCAAUACAUCUGGCAGCCACAUAGUGAACCACUUGGUGAGAGCCAAAUGCAAAGAGGUGACUCUGCACAAAGAUGGGCCACUGGGCGAGACGGUGCUGGAGUGCUACAACUGUGGCUGUCGCAACGUCUUCCUCCUUGGCUUCAUUCCCGCCAAGGCCGACUCGGUGGUGGUGCUGCUGUGCAGGCAGCCAUGUGCCAGUCAGAGCAGCCUGAAGGACAUCAACUGGGACAGCUCCCAGUGGCAGCCGCUGAUCCAGGACCGCUGCUUCCUGUCCUGGCUGGUGAAGAUCCCCUCGGAGCAGGAGCAGCUCCGGGCCCGCCAGAUCACCGCCCAGCAGAUCAACAAGCUGGAGGAGCUCUGGAAGGAUAAUCCCACGGCCACUCUGGAGGACCUGGAGAAGCCCGGCGUAGACGAGGAGCCCCAGCAUGUGCUGCUGCGCUACGAGGAUGCCUACCAGUACCAGAACAUCUUCGGCCCCCUCGUCAAGCUGGAGGCUGACUACGACAAAAAGCUUAAAGAGUCCCAGACCCAAGAUAAUAUAACGGUCAGGUGGGACCUGGGGCUAAAUAAAAAGCGGAUUGCCUAUUUCUCCUUGCCCAAGACGGAUUCAGGUGACAUGCGGCUGAUGCAAGGAGAUGAAAUAUGUCUGCGCUACAAAGGAGAGCUGGCCCCACUCUGGAAGGGCAUCGGCCAUGUCAUCAAAGUCCCAGACACACCCUUUGUGAAAGACUAUGGAGAUGAGAUUGCUAUAGAAUUGCGCAGCAGUGUCGGAGCUCCUGUGGAAAUACCCCACAACUUCCAGGUGGAUUUUGUGUGGAAGUCCACUUCCUUUGACAGAAUGCAGAGUGCCCUGAAGACCUUUGCUGUGGACGAGACAUCCGUGUCAGGCUACAUCUACCACAAGCUGCUGGGCCACGAGGUGGAAGAUGUCAUCAUCAAGUGUCAGUUGCCCAAACGCUUCACUGCACAGGGCCUGCCUGACCUCAAUCACUCUCAGGUGUAUGCUGUUAAGACUGUGCUGCAGAGACCCCUCAGUCUUAUCCAAGGCCCCCCCGGCACUGGGAAAACGGUCACCUCUGCCACCAUCGUGUACCACCUCGCCAGGCAGGGCAAUGGGCCCGUGCUGGUGUGUGCUCCCAGUAACAUCGCAGUGGACCAGCUGACUGAGAAGAUCCACAUGUCGGGCCUGAAGGUGGUCAGGCUGUGUGCUAAAAGCAGAGAAGCCAUCGACUCCCCUGUCUCCUUCCUGGCCCUGCACAACCAGAUCCGCAACAUGGACAGUAUGCCAGAGCUCCAAAAGCUGCAGCAGCUGAAGGAUGAGACCGGGGAGCUGUCGUCCGCUGACGAGAAGCGCUACCGGGCCCUGAAGCGCACCGCUGAGAGAGAGCUGCUCAUGAAUGCAGAUGUGAUCUGCUGUACCUGUGUGGGGGCAGGAGACCCCCGUCUGGCCAAGAUGCAGUUCCGCUCCAUCCUAAUCGAUGAGAGCACCCAGGCCACCGAGCCAGAGUGCAUGGUGCCCGUGGUCCUGGGUGCCAAGCAGCUCAUUCUGGUGGGAGACCACUGCCAGCUGGGCCCAGUAGUGAUGUGUAAGAAGGCAGCCAAAGCAGGCCUGUCCCAGUCUUUGUUUGAGCGUCUGGUGGUGCUGGGCAUCAGGCCCAUCCGUCUGCAGGUGCAGUACCGCAUGCACCCGGCCCUCAGCGCUUUCCCCUCCAACAUCUUCUACGAGGGCUCCCUGCAGAACGGAGUCACUGCUGCUGACCGCAUCAAGAAAGGCUUUGACUUCCAGUGGCCACAGCCAGACAAACCCAUGUUCUUCUAUGUGACUCAAGGCCAGGAGGAAAUCGCUAGCUCUGGAACAUCCUACCUGAACAGAACUGAGGCAGCUAAUGUGGAGAAGAUCACCACCAGGCUGCUGAAGGCUGGAGCCAAGCCUGACCAGAUAGGCAUCAUCACCCCCUACGAGGGCCAGAGGUCCUACCUGGUGCAGUACAUGCAGUUUAGCGGCUCCCUCCACACCAAGCUCUACCAGGAGGUUGAGAUAGCCAGCGUGGAUGCGUUCCAGGGUAGGGAGAAAGACUUCAUCAUCCUGUCAUGCGUCCGAGCCAACGAGCACCAGGGCAUCGGCUUCCUCAACGACCCACGCCGUCUCAACGUGGCCCUCACCAGAGCCAAGUAUGGGGUGAUCAUUGUGGGCAACCCCAAGGCCCUGUCCAAGCAGCCUCUGUGGAACCACCUGCUCAACUACUACAAGGAGCAGAAGGUUCUGGUGGAGGGACCCCUCAACAACCUGCGAGAGAGCCUGAUGCAGUUCAGCAAGCCCCGCAAGCUGGUCAACGCCAUUAACCCUGGAGCCCGGUUCAUGAGCACUGCCAUGUAUGACGCCCGCGAGGCUCUCAUCCCUGGGUCUGCCUACGAUCGCAGCAGCGCAGGGCGUCCAUCCAACAUGUACUUCCAAACCCACGACCAGAUCGGCAUGAUUGGGGCCGGGCCAGCCCACAUGGCAGCCAUGAACAUGCCUAUUCCAUUCAACUUGGUGAUACCUCCCAUGCCUCCACCAGGCUACCUGGCCCAGGCUAACGGCCCUGCUGCAGGUCGUGGUGGGGUGCUGAAGGGCAAAGCGGGACGUGGCGGGCGCCAGAGGACCCGCGGCAUGGGGAACCACAGUGGCAGUGGACAAAGCAAUGGGCCAAACAGCCAGGACGUGUCUUCCCAGCCCUUCUCCCAGGGGCCACUCACCCAGGGCUACAUCACCAUGAGCCAGCCCUCACAGAUGAGCCAACCUGGCCUCUCCCAGCCUGAACUGUCCCAGGACAGUUAUCUAGGUGAUGAGUUCAAGUCCCAGAUCGACGUGGCUCUGUCGCAGGACUCAACUUACCAGGGUGAACGUGCAUACCAACAUGGUGGGGUGACUGGACUGUCACAGUACUAAAGUGUUGUUGGAAGAGGAGCUAGGCUUGAGCUGAGCUUAGUUCAUCAGCAUUUUAAUCUGGGUAAUAAUAAAUAAAAAAAAUGGAUACCUGUUUUCCUCUGCUACAACUGAAGCACCACCGUGUGAAAUCAACGGGAGAGAGAAACCAACCAAUCACGAGAGAGAAAGAAAGCGAUAAAGGAAGAACGGACGGCCAGGAAGAGCGAACGAGUGGGAGUGAGGGACCACUGCCGGCACAUGGGGACGAGAACGAGAGGAAGGCGACGGCAGGCGGUCGAGCUGUCGUGAGGAAGACGAAACGAGAACAAAGAAACAAAAUGAGGCACAACUCCCAAUGAAAGAUGCCCACCCACCCCCUCUCAACCCCUUCCCCACCUUCCCUUCAAACCUCACGCCUCUGUCUGAGGGCAUGACCAGUUGUCCAGAGGACCUCUCUCUUUGAGCAGCGAACAGGGAAAGACAAGUUCUCAAGCAACUUGGCUGGGGGAGCGCAUUCCGCUAACUCUCAAAAGCAGAUAACAAGAAAGUGGGGGGGUACGGAACGCUUCAAGCAGGCAACAUAGGAAAUCCUCACCUCAAAGUUGAUCGGUUGUCACACCCGUUUGAUACCCAGACUCAUUUGAUUAGAUUGAUGUGGAGGAAGAGUGGCGGUGUCGAUCCCGACUCGUAGACCUGAAAUCUCAUCAAAUGACAGCAAGAGGAACACUUCACGUCGUUGUUCAAUUUUGAGUUGAAAAGGUUUCUGCGCUAAAGUCUGAUAUUAAAGAACUUUUAAUU